GACACUUUCGACUUCGUUUGGCGACUUCACAGUCAAGUGGUUGUCUGAUGCGGCCGGUUGACCAUUUUUUUCGUGAACGCCUCGCUUGGUCCGCUAAUUUCCCGCAUCGUCUCGGCUCUAUGCAUUGUUGAGCGUCCACGGGCACUUUGUUGGAUCGUUAAGGACUUUGGUUAAUGACUUGUUGUUACGUGUUGUUAAUUUACGAUUAUCAACGGUUCACUCUUUCCGUCAAACGACCCGUUCAACUGGCAGAUUUUACUUCGAUUUGGAAUACCACCUCAUCUGAUCUCUAUCAAGCAUGGAUACAGAUGGCCAGAUCCAGCAAUACGGAGAAGUGAACCAGCUCGGUGGUGUCUUCGUGAACGGUCGUCCUCUGCCCAACGCCAUCAGACUCAGGAUAGUCGAGCUCUCCCAGGUGGGCAUCAGACCCUGCGACAUCUCCCGUCAACUGAGAGUAUCUCACGGUUGCGUCUCCAAGAUACUGGCCAGAUACCACGAGACCGGCUCCAUAUUACCGGGCGCCAUUGGAGGCUCCAAACCGAGGGUGACGACGCCCAAGGUGGUUGCCUACAUAAAACAGCUGAAGCAGAAGGACGCCGGCAUCUUCGCGUGGGAGAUACGCGACAGAUUGCUGUCCGACGGCAUCUGCGACAAGUACAACGUUCCCUCCGUCAGUUCGAUAAGUAGAAUUCUAAGAAAUAAGAUCGGAUCUCUCGUGCAUCAUCCGGCGCCUCACCAUCCGUCCCUCUACAACUCCAUAUAUCCCUCGUACCCUUACAACGCUGCCCAGCAGAAGAUCCAUCAGCACCCUCAGAACACGCACCAUCAUCAGCGGUCGAAUGGUCCGCAUUGUUGGCCCAGUUCUCACUCCGUCAGCGACAUUCUGGCCGGGGUGCACGCGGCUGCCGCUUUCAGGACGCCCCCGACGCCCAGCGCCCUGCCGUCCGGACCUUCGCCGCCGGCGGUUUCCGACUCGCAGAAUUACAACUAUUACAUGUACUUGCAGUCCGGUAACACGGCGGCGGCGGCAAUGCACAUGGUCAAUUCCAGUAUGAACCCCCAUCAUCAUCAUGGUUUGGCUGUGCCGCCCGGUGCGCACCUCUAGUUGUGCGCCCUCCCCUUAUAUUUAUUCCUUUCUUGUAGAUAUUUUUUAAAGAGGUUAUUAUUCGAGAUAUUGGAAUUUCGAACAUUCUCAAUCAUGAAUUUUCUCCGCGUACUUAUUUCAACGUCCUUAAAAAUAGUUCAGGUAUAGUUAUUCAAACCUAGAUAUGCCUAUAUGCUCCGCAUAUGACCAAAAUCAAGAAAUAUUUGCUUCGUUUAUAGUUAACGAGCCUUUAAUCAAAAAAAUUCGUCGACAAGUAAGCUGUGGGAUUCUGAAGGUUGACUUCUGUGACGUUAAACUUGUACCACCAUAUUUUUCGCAAAGGUAAAGGUGAAAAUAUAUAAAAAUCCAGGACCGUUCCAAGGAGGGGUGCUCCGCAUGCGGGCGACCGUCAGAAGGGGCAGCACCCGCGCAGUAGCGGGGAACCGUUUCGUUAAAUAGUUCAAAAUAUAUCGGCCCCGGUCAUUUAAUUGAAUAAUUCGAGAUCGUUGAUUACGAAUAUGCAAUUAGAUUUUUUGUAGGAUCAGUAUUUCAGGAAAUAAAUCACUUUUAUUGGAAAAUUUGGAAAAAAUUUGUCAAUUUUGAGGAGCUGA